AUGACUUUGCUGAAUUUUCUUCCUCUUUCUCCCAAACAACGUUUUAUACCAUUGAAUACUGAGCAAAAAGUAGCUAUGUUUGGACUCUUUUUUGUUAUUUUAUUCACCCCUGGAGUCAGUGAAUUCAUUUGUUCAUCAUCAGAUCUUGAUAUGUCGUAUACUUUUUGUGAUUCUACAACUUAUGCUUUCACGUUUAAUCUGACACCUUGCAGCAUGUUGAAUGAACCUGUCUGGAAGGCUGCUCUUACCUGGAUUCCAAGAAGUGACAUCCACUUUUUGAAGGUUGUCUUCAAAGUCUGGUAUGAUGGGGCCAAAUCACUCACCUGGAAAGAACUCCUCUGCAGUGGAGCUGAUGAUAAAUACUCAGUGUGUGGAACACUGAAAGGAGAAACACUUGUAUCAGCAUUUGACAUUAAAGGCUUAAGAAUGAAGUUUCCAAAGGGCAAUUACAGUGUUAUUGUGCAAGGAUUCUCUGAUGAUUCUGAGAAUAGUAUGCUCAUAUGCUUGAAUUUCACCAUGAUAGUAAAACAAGAUCCUUUCUGAGUGUAACAAACUUCUCAAAUAAUUCCAGAACAUGGAGGUCACUUCUGUGAGCAACUUGAAUCCAAUCUGUGAAGUAAUAUGCACACUAAAUUUCCUGAGGCAGAAUACAUCAUGUGCUGUCUGGGAAGCUGUAUGAUGUAUAGUCUUACUCAUUUGUAGCACAGCCCUAAUCAGUUUCUCGGCCAAUGUGCACAGAAUCUCUGGGAAUCAGGCAUCCUGAUUAAUUCACAGAAUUACCCUGACUGGAUGUCGUGCUUAUCCCAUUUUUUGGUGCUGUGCCUUGAGUUACAAUAAAGUUGACUCCUUCAGGCUGAGCUAAAGUAAUCAAGAAGUUUUGAAGUUUUGAAGUGCAAGAAUCAGAAGUUCAUCAGUAUUCAAUUUAAAAUGACACAGCAAUUGAAUUUGGGAAGCCUGUUGUGAGGUGGGGGGGUGGGUGGGAAUUGGUUUGUUUGGGUUUUUUCCUUUUCUUGUAACAAUAAAACUUGUUUGUACAAUCAAUUUAAGAGAUUUUUUUUUUUUAUUUUCCUGAUGUUUUCUGAUGUUUCUUCAGAUGUUUCAUAUUUUUUACACCAAGCUGAAACAGAGUAGUAAUUUGUUAUGUGGUAGUAACUGAUGUGGAUAAAAUCCAAAGUGGAACACGCUUCCACUUACACUGAUAUGGUACAACUGAAUUUAGCCAUCCAGAGCUGCAAGUGCAAUGCCUUAGAAUGUUUUUAUCUCUUGCUUGGAGUCUGAAGGACAGAGGCUACUCAAACUGUGUCCUUCAGAAGCAGGAGGAUGGUGUCAC